UGAUCCCGCAACGACGUGAUGCUAUUCCGCGGCAACCUCAUGUCGCAGCUGCUAAUCGUGAUACUGCAGGCCAUGCUUUCACACUGCUUCUCCUCGCGAUGCGGCACACUCAAGGCUGAUUGCGCUGGCGGUCGAGGAGAUCGAGUGGUGCGUCUAGACGUAGGUCUGGUAGGAUUGUCUGUCCUACAGUGACGGAGGUCAAUUGGUGUCCCUUCGACCGCUGCUAUCCUUCUCACCUAUCUUUUUGUCUCCCCGUUGGCACUGUUUUGUGGUUUCGCAUCAGCCAUGGCAGCUACCCCUUUCACUUCAGAAGACAAGAAAAUGCGACGCACGCCUGAGGAUCUACCUCCUACGCCGCCAGACUCUCAGUCGGAGCACAGCGGCAGUGACAAGGCUGACAACGAGUCGGUACAUGGAGAUGCAGAGGCUGAUUUUCCACUCCCGCCACCUACCGUAGAGCCGACUGAAGUGCUUGAGAUCGACAAGAAGACGCCUGAUGGCUGGCUACCUAGAGAUCCGCGGCUAAUAAGACUGACGGGUGUACACCCUUUCAACGUUGAAGCGCCGCUGUCAGAUUUGUACAACGAAGGCUUCCUCACGAGUCCCGAACUUUUCUAUGUCCGCAAUCACGGCCACGUCCCACAAGUCAAGGAUGAGGAGAUUCCGGACUGGACGUUCACUAUUGAAGGAAUGGUUGAGAAUCCCAUCACCUUGACGCUUGCAGACCUAAUGGAGCAAUACGAGCAACAGACAUACCCAAUCACACUCGUUUGUGCUGGCAACAGGAGAAAGGAGCAGAAUGUGGUGCGAAAAACGAAAGGUUUCUCAUGGGGUGCCGCCGGUGUAUCGACAGCGCUUUGGACCGGCGUCGUGCUUGGCGACGUCUUACGCAAAGCCAAACCCAAGCGAGGCGCCAGAUAUGUCUGCAUGGAGGGAGCAGACAAGCUACCGAAUGGUUACUACGGAACAUCGGUUAAGCUGAACUGGGCCAUGGAUGCCAACAAGGGCAUGAUGCUGGCACACAAGAUGAACGGCGAAAUGCUACGACCGGAUCACGGCAAGCCAUUGCGAGUAGUGAUACCUGGACAGAUCGGGGGUCGUAGCGUCAAGUGGUUGAAGAGGCUCAUCAUUACUUCAGAGCCGUCCGACAACUGGUAUCACAUAUACGACAACAGAGUCCUGCCAACGAUGGUGUCGCCCGAAGAGGCCGCCAAGGGUCCAAAAUGGUGGAUGGACGAGCGAUAUGCCAUCUACGACCUCAGCACCAACUCAGCUAUCGCAUACCCUGCCCAUGAUGAACAGAUCAAGCUUGUCGACCCACCUCAAACAUACCGUGUCAAAGGGUAUGCAUACGGUGGCGGCGGCCGACGAGUGACUCGAGUCGAAAUCUCGCUCGACAAGGGAAAGACAUGGCGACUAGCAAACAUCGACUACGCCGAAGAUCGUUAUCGUGAUGCCGCUCCUCGCCAGCUAUAUGGCGGUACUCUCGACCUCGAAUGGAAAGAGGCAAGCUUUUGCUGGUGCUUCUGGGACCUGGAUAUUCCUGUAUCUGAAUUGGCCGAUGCCAAAGAUGUGCUGGUCCGGGCCAUGGACGAGAGCAUGAAUCUUCAGCCACGAGACAUGUAUUGGAGCGUGCUUGGUAUGAUGAACAACCCGUGGUACCGGAUCACAGUCAUGAAAGAGGGCGAUUUCUUGCGAUUCGAGCACCCUACCCAACCAGCUCUCAUGUCUGGAGGGUGGAUGGAACGCGUCAAGAGUUCUGGUGGUGAUCUCACGAAUGGAUACUGGGGCGAGAGGAUCGAUGGCGAAGAAAACACACAACCUAUACUGGCAGCCGCAGAAGAAAUAAAACUAACAGAUGAUAACGUGAAGAACGCGAUAACGAUUGACGAAUUACGGAAACAUGAUACAGAAGAGGCGCCUUGGUUUGUGGUCAACGGCGAAGUCUUUGAUGGCACAGCGUUCUUGAAAGAGCACCCAGGAGGAGCUCAGAGUAUCAUUUCAGCUGCUGCACUUGACAGUACUGACGAAUUCAUGGCGAUACACAGCGAAACAGCCAAAGCGAUGAUGCCUUCAUACCACAUCGGCACUCUGGACGAAGAAGCACGUGCCGCACUGUCAGGCGAGACAAUAGAAUCAGACACCACAUCAACAUCUCCCACAUUCCUCGAACCUCGAGCAUGGAAGAAAGCCGUCCUCACAGCCAGAAAGACCGUUUCCUGGGACACCAGAAUCCUCACAUUCAAGCUCGAUCACGAAGAACAAACGCUCGGCCUGCCCACAGGUCAACACCUCAUGAUCCGACUACGCGACCCCGUCACCCGCGAAGCCAUCAUCAGAAGUUACACACCCAUCUCCCAAACAACACAAAAAGGCUACAUGGACGUCCUCGUCAAAGUUUACUUCAAAAGUGAAGGCCAAGAAGGCGGUAAAAUGUCCAUGGCUCUCGAACAAAUUCCCAUCGGCCAUUUUGUCGAAUUCAAAGGGCCGAUUGGCAAAUUCGAGUACCUUGGGAAAGGUCUCGCAGCUGUCAAUAAUGUCAAACGAGAUGUGAAGACUUUCUAUAUGAUUUGCGGCGGGUCAGGUAUUACUCCAAUUUAUCAAGUCUUGCGAGCGGUGAUGCAAGACAAGGACGACCCAACACGGUGCGUGGUCCUCGAUGGGAAUCGAUUGGUCGAAGAUAUUCUGUGCAAGGAGGAUUUGGAUCAAUUCGCCAAGGAGAACUCGGAGCGGUGUACGAUUCUUCACACUUUGACGAAGGCUCCGGAUGACUGGCAAGGUCUGCGAGGGCGUAUUGCUGCACCGUUGCUGCGAGAGCAUGUGAAUAGGGAGAAGCAUGGAAAUGGCGAGGCAAUGGUACUGAUAUGUGGGCCGGGUGCACUCGAGAAGAGUUGUCAUGAGGCUUUGCGCGAGCUUGGGUGGCAUGAUGAUGAGUUGUUGUUCUUUUAGACUGUAUUCAGCAUCUGCUGCGUAUGAUCCAGCCAUAUUUCGGAAUGAUACACAACAGUACUUUUCAUGGAGGUCAAUUGUCACUGCGGC